CCGGUAGGGGGUUGAGCUCCACUUUACAACUCCUUUCCCUCCUUCCUUCCCCUGUGCUACGCAGCAGCCCUUUUGCCGUGCGCACUGCGGCUCGGUGGGCCACACAGUCGUAGGAUCAAGGUAAGGUGCAAGUUGAAAAGCCUCAUUCAGAAGAGCAAUGCCUGCACCUCACAAACCGUCACUGACGCUCAAAGUCAUUUUUCAGUCUUUCAUCACAUGAAGGAUUAUAAUUUGUCACACUAAGCUCGGUCUCCUAUGGGGAAAUCUUCCAUCCAGAGCUCCUGGACUUGGUAAUUAGCGCAGUGCUCUCUCAGAAGAAAAAUAUCAGAUGUUAAAAGCCCCACCUGUGCUCGCUGCCCUCAGACCCCCCAUGCCGGGAGCUUCAGCCCUGGAGGAUCGCGCUCUGCUCAAUUAAGGCUGCAGGGAAGCACAGCUCUUUUCUUAUGCGAUACCGGGCAAGCAGGAACUUCUCAUUAACCAAAGUCCCGGUGCCGGGCAGCCUGAAUCAUGGACAGGCAUUUAAAAGCCAGCUUUGAAAUGACAGUUAAAGUCACAUUUCUGGAUGGGCUGACGGGGGUUUAUUAAGUUUAUCUCUGUUAAUCAAAGCAAUUUCAUUUUAACUGCUUCUUUGUUCAUAUUUUUCCCCGCUUUUUCAAGAUGACUGAUUCUCUCACAGGUCCACUACAAAAAAAUGCUCACGGUCAUUUGUUAGAAGUGAGAAGUCUCUACUUCAAUGCUUCUGAGAGCACUGCAGUAAAGCCAAGUGAAUGAGAACAGCAGCGCCACUUAUUUUUAGGUGUGAGAAUGCACGUACUCAGCUUCUGGAAUAGAGCUGUGUGCAUCCUAAAAAGCACUACCAGGCAGCCCCCUGGCACAGGGCUGACCAGCCAAUAAAACAGGUGUUACCAGGAUGGAUUUGAAUCUUUCUGCACAAGAAAAAAAACAACACAUCAAGUCAGACAUAAAGAAUUCACAAAGCUGUCGAAGACACGGGGCCGAUGGAGCUGGGUGGUGUGUUUUAGGAGCUCGGCAUCUGCUCAUCAGAACAGAUAAUUCCUCCAAGAGCAAGUGAAAUAAUGAGCCAGUGACAUUUAAGCAAACUGUGUUAUGAAAGAAGGAACAAAACCAGCAUGAAAAAUCACUUUUCCUGCAAUGCUGUAUUGAUGCUGCACAUUGUGCUGAAGAUGACAAGACAGAAAUCAAAAUGCAGCAGGGCGCUUUCAGGAGAUGUAGCAUUUCUCCUCCACCGGGUCUUCAUGAGAAGCAUUUCGGUCCUGGGCUCAGACAAACAGGUGGCCAAAUGGAUCCCUCUUGCCACUGAAUACCAGCUCAUAGGAAGCUAUGCCCAGACCGAACUGGGACACGGAACUUAUCUUCAGGGUUUGGAAACAACAGCAAUCUUUGAUGUCAGCACACAGGAGUUUAUACUGAACACACCAACAAUCUCUGCAAUGAAGUGGUGGCCCGGAGACAUGGGAAGGUCAGCAACCCACACUGUGGUCUUUGCCCAGCUCUACAUCCAUGGGAAGUGCUACGGCGUGCAUCCCUUCAUUGUGCAGAUCCGCAGCCUUCAGGACCAUUCACUGUGCCCAGGUAUAACUGCAGGAGACAUUGGUCCUAAAAUGAAUUUUGAGCACAUUGACAAUGGCUACCUGAUGCUGAAGAACGUGCGCAUCCCCCGAGAGAACAUGCUGAACAAGUUCUGUGAGGUUCAGCCAGAUGGCACCUAUGUAAGGCGUGGGUCACAGAAGAUUAACUAUUUCACCAUGACUUCAGUACGCAUUUCCCUCAUUUCAGACGAAGUUAUUCUACCUCUAAUGAAAGCGUGCACCAUUGCCAUCAGAUACUCUGUGGUUCGCCGGCAGUCCAAGCUGAAGCCUGGGGAAGAAGAAGCAAAAAUCCUUGACUACCAGACCCAGCAAGAGAAGUUGCUGCCUCAGUUGGCAGCAGCCUAUGCCUUCCAUUUUAUCAACAACUACCUGCACGAGCUGUUCGACAGGGGUUACAGAGAGAUCCAGGGGAGGAACUUUGACUUGCUGCCAGAGCUUCAUGCAUUUUCCUCAGGCUUUAAAGCCAUGGUUAGUCAGUACUGCACAACAGGAGUGGAGAUCUGCCUCAGGGCAUGUGGGGGACACGGUUACUCUUUGUUGAGUGGACUGCCUUCCUUGUACACUAAAAUACUUGCCUCUUGUAUUUAUGAAGGGGAAAACACCAUCUUGCUCCUGCAAACUGCCAGGUUCCUGAUUAAGUGCUUCUCAGCAGCUAGUGCUGGCCAGCCUGUGCCACCAUCUGUCACUUAUCUGGCUGCAAUGAAACCCGGGAAGUGUCCUGCCAAGGACAAGUUGGAUUUCCUCAGCCCAGACGUUUACACAGAGGCCUAUCAACAUGCAGCAAUCAGACUGAUAAGCAGCACAGCAGCUAAGCUACAGGACUUGAUUCAGUCAGGAGUCGAAAGGCACGAAGCAUGGAACCAGUGCACAGUGCAGCUGGUACAGGCUGCAAAGGCUCACUGCCACUACAUCACUGUGAAAAACUUUGUAGAGACUGUGGAAAAACUUGAGAACACGGCUGGCAUCCAGAACAUUAUGAAACAUCUUUGUGAUCUGUUUGCAUUACAUGGUAUCUUCUCGAAUGCAGGAACUUUUUUGCAUGAUGGAUAUAUAACUGGAGCUCAAAUGGACAUGGUCACAGCAUCAUACCUGGACCUCCUGGGGAUCAUUCGGAAGGAUGCUGUUCCACUAGUGGAUGCUUUUGACUUCACGGACAAGAACCUGAAUUCUGCACUCGGCAGUUACGACGGACAGGUUUACCAGCGGCUUUACGAGUGGGCUCGGAAGGCACCCACCAACAAGCAGAUAAGCCCAGCCUAUGAAAAGUAUUUGAAGCCACUUCUUCACAACAAGCUAUCGAAAUUAUGAAGACUGUGAUCUAAGUGAAGGUCGCACCCGCUCUUUGCAGCAAUGCAUUUAUGAAGCAUCAGUACUAUUAAUCAGAGAUUAAUCAUCAGCUGCUUACUUGCAAUUGCGACAAGUACGAAACAGGAUCCUUAGUGAGCCAUUUGCAUUUAAUCAGAAAGAAGCCAAACAACUCUGAGCGGUACCCACUGUUCUGAAGCAGUCUAGUCAGAAAUAGUCCUGUUUUUGUUGUUUUCUUGCUUGUUGGUCCUUGCUUUUGAGGAACAACUUCUUCUCGUAGAUCAAGAAGCAUGUUAGAAAAUGCGUUUGGAGAAUAGAAAGAGCUCUGAACUUGCUCAGCAGUCAAGUAUUUCUGGCUGAUGAAGAAUCACACACAGCUGAUGUCAACUCCUGUCUGCAGAGAUUACUUUCCCAUUAACAGAGCCAAUCAUACUGUCUUUUGAUAAAUCUUUGAUUGCAAUAAAGUAUAUUAUUUGGAA